UUUGCGCUAGACCUUGCUCACUACGUUAAGCCCACGUACGCACGUACGCCCGCCCGCUUGCUCUCUGGACUCCCAGCGUGACGUAACGUUAUAACCUGGUGCCCGGUUAGCUAGCUUCAAAGCUAGUUAGCUGACGUCGUGUUGUAAUUAGUUCAUUAAAAGGGUUCACCAGAAUCGGUAAGCAACGUUAGCUGCUGGCUUCGGACAUGGACGACGAAAGCUACCCAAAGACCCUGUACGUGGGAAACCUCUCCAGGGAUGUAACAGAGAUAUUGAUUCUGCAACUCUUCACCCAGAUUGGGCCUUGCAAAAGUUGUAAAAUGAUCACAGAGCAUACAAGCAAUGAUCCCUACUGCUUUGUGGAGUUCUUUGAACACAGGGAUGCUGCUGCAGCUCUCGCUGCCAUGAACGGGAGGAAGAUAUUAGGAAAGGAGGUCAAAGUGAACUGGGCCACCACUCCAAGUAGCCAAAAGAAAGACACUUCCAAUCACUUCCAUGUUUUCGUGGGAGAUCUGAGCCCCGAGAUCACCACUGAGGAUGUCAAAGCCGCAUUUGCACCUUUCGGGAAAAUCUCUGACGCCCGUGUUGUGAAGGACUUGACGACAGGCAAAUCAAAGGGGUAUGGAUUUGUGUCCUUCUACAACAAACUGGAUGCAGAGAAUUCCAUCAUCAAUAUGGGGGGCCAGUGGCUUGGAGGACGCCAAAUCAGGACCAACUGGGCAACACGUAAACCACCAGCUCCAAAGAGUGUCCAGGACAACGGCUCAAAGCAGCUGAGGUUCGAUGACGUUCUGACUCAGUCCAGUCCACAGAACUGUACUGUGUACUGCGGAGGGAUCCAGUCAGGAUUAUCAGAACACCUAAUGCGCCAGACCUUCUCCCCUUUUGGCCAAAUAAUGGAAAUCCGGGUUUUCCCUGAGAAAGGAUACUCUUUCAUCAGGUUUUCCUCUCAUGACAGUGCUGCCCAUGCCAUUGUUUCUGUAAAUGGCACAGCCAUCGAAGGACACAUAGUGAAGUGCUUCUGGGGCAAAGAAUCUCCUGACAUAGCCAAAACUCCACCGCAGGUUGAGUACGGUCAGUGGGGGCAGUGGAAUCAGGUCUAUGGGAAUCAUCAGCAACAGCAGCACCAACAACAACAACAACAACAACAACAACAGCAGCAGCAGCAGCAGCAACAACAACAACAACAACAGCAGCAGCAGUAUGGGCAGUAUGUGGCGAAUGGGUGGCAAGUUCCCUCCUACAGCAUGUACGGACAGACGUGGAACCAGCAAGGAUUUGGAGUAGAGCAGUCCCAGUCCCCAAACUGGGUGGAAGGCUUUGGAUCUCAGUCGGGCCAGGCUGCAGCCUCACCCGGUCAGGUUAUGUCCAACCUGGCCAACUUUAGCAUGGCUGGCUACCAAACACAGUGAGACAGCCCAAAGUGUAGUACCAAGAGAAUCUUGUCCACUCUUUUAGACAACACCGCACUCUUUGAUCUGGGCAGGUGCUGUUUGAAAAAGGGCUGGGGCCAUAUUUACAAAGCCUUUGUAGCUAGUAGUUGCUCCUAAACAACCAGUUUCACAAUUAUGUUUUAAAUGUCCAUUUUAGUCAGAACUGAAAAAAAUAAAUACCACCAUAAUUUAAAGUUUGUUUAUGGAUAGGUACUGCCGGGACCGACCAACUGUCUUGUCCGAGGCGAUGUUACAAGACAUGCCGAGCUUUAGCAUGUUUGGCUCUAUGAAACCUUACCUAGUGUCUAAUAAAGGGAUUUGUGUCAGUGGCUUUCCUACUGGAAAGUCAUCAUUAGACACCAUUAUUUUCCUCUUAUCAGACACUGAAUUAGGCAAUGGGCCAAGCCAUCAAAAAGUUAGUGUAGUCUUUCACAGUCCAAUUGUUACCCGCUCAUAUUUAGAAUUUGACCAAAAAUGUUUCAAAAGCAAGACAUGCACUCAUCAAGAUUUAACCAACGUGGUAUUUAUUGAGUCAUGACGCGCCGGCAUGUCACUGAAACAUGAAAAAGAUUUAAAUCAUGGAUACCUCAAAACAUAAUAGUGUUUAGCAAUAUCUACUUUUUUUCAUGCCAAGGUUUUCUUUGUUCUUUGCAGACUUUUCAAAAUGUUAAUUUACUUGUCAUAUUUUUUUUGUGGAUAGAUUCUGUUCAUUAUUGGUUGAUGGCAUCAAGUAAAUUGAAAAAUGGCACUGAGCCAAAAGUAUGAACCAACCGGCUUAAAGUAGGUCUGCACUUAGCCUAAUCUCAUAGAUAAAAAUGAUUUUCUGUUUUGAUGUAUUAAUGGUGAAUUCUUUGAAUAGAGUCUCUGACACAUCAGCAGAAAGAAGAAACUAUUUGUAUAAACAACUGUCUUUAAAGGAGAUUUAAGCAGGAUGUGGUAUCUAUUGGGUUACCUACACUAAUAGGGGAGGAACCUAUAUUUUCUUUUCUGUUUUGUAUCGGAGAGAUGAGCAUGGUAUUUGCAGACUUCUGAUGGAUUUUAAUUUACACCUUAAUGUUGCCUAGAUUUGACUAAUUUAUAAUCCUCUAUCUUAAAGUAAAGGCUACUGCAUAUAUUGUAAAAAGCUUAACCCCUAAUUUUUGUAAAGUAAACUGACUGCUGAUUCUGGGGGCUGGUUUCCUGGAAAGAUUUUGAAUCUUAAUAAUAAUAAUUCUUCCCUCCUCAAUGACAUUUAGUUUAUAGUCAUGGCUUUCUAACAGCUGGCCUGAACCAGCCCCUAGUGUUUGUUGCAUUGCGUUAUACAUUAUUCAAAAUUCCUCAUACUCUUAACUGGUAAAGACAAAUUGUCCAUUGAUUUAACCUUACUGAUUUGGGGUGGUUUUAUUAUACAAAAGUGAAAGAUUUCCUAAAUGUAUCUUUUAUUUUUCAGGGCAGCGUGCACCUUUUGUAGUGCAUUCUGAAAGGUCACAGUAUUUGCAGUAAAAUUCCAUAUAUUCUCAGAAGUAUUCUUUAGCAAAUUGUGGGACUUCCCAAAGAUAUAGCGCCAUUUGGAUUUGAUUUGUGUAUGAGCCAUUUCGUACAUUGUAUUACACUCCUUUAAGCUCACGCUCGGCUUUGUGUGGAAUCAGCCGACAAGUUCAAUGGUGUUUGAGUUUGUUAAACCCGAGGAAGGUUUGUGAGUGUAAAAUAUCAAUAGUAAACACUAAUCUUCAUGACAUGAAAUAAUGUACAUAUUCAAGGUGGAAAGUUCAUAAUUAAAUAUUGGUUUUAUGAUUGAUGAAUGAGCCUUAUUGCAUAUCAAUAAAUUCAAACAGGCUUUGUUGCAAAUAUAAAUUCUUUUCCAUUGUGGAUUUUUCUAUUUUUGAGUUUGUGUGCCAUUCUUUAGAAAGUAGCAGUAAGCAGGUUAUGUGUAUGCUUGAACUGCACGCUUAUGACAUGUAAUAUAUUUGUUGCUUAUAAUAUUGAAUGUAAUGGCAAUUUGCUUUUAUGACAAUAAUACAUAGGGGUUAAACAAUAUACAUGAUGUUUAAUAAUAAAGAAUGAAAUGAAGUUUCCGUUGAAACGGGAAAACUACGUAAAUAAAGAAACGUUUGAACAUU